CGCCUGCGUCACGUCCGGCGCGCGGCGAUGGCGGGGCGCGCGCGGGCGGCGCGAUGGAGGGAGCGCGGGCGGGCGGCGGCACCGCGCACGUCAGCUUCGUGUGCCAGCGCUGCUGCCAGCCGCUCAAGCUCGACACCUCCUUCAAGGUCCUUGACCGCCUCACCAUCCAGGAGCUCACCGCCCCGCUGGUGAGCGCCGCCCCUGCCAGGCCCGGGGACCUGCACGAAGAGGAGAGCGCCCUGACGGAGGAAACCUUCGUGGAGAACCGGCAGGAUGGCGUGUCCAGGAGGUUCAUCCCGCCAGCCAGAAUGAUGUCGACAGAAAGUGCCAACAGUUUCACUCUGAUCGGAGAGGCCUCGGAUGGCGGCACCAUGGAGAACCUCAGCCGGAGACUGAAGGUCACUGGCGAUCUCUUUGACAUCAUGUCUGGGCAGACAGAUGUGGAUCACCCACUGUGUGAGGAAUGCACAGACACUCUGCUGGACCAGCUGGACACACAGCUCAACAUCACAGAGAACGAGUGCCAGAACUACAAGAGAUGUCUGGAGAUACUGGAACAGAUGAAUGAGGAUGAUAAAGAGAAGCUGCAGACAGAACUGAAAGAACUGGCACUGGAGGAGGAGCAGCUGAUUCAGGAGCUGGAGGAUGUUGAGAAGAACCGCAAGAUUGUGGCUGAGGACUUCGAGAGGGUCAGGGCAGAGGCUGAGCGGCUGGAGCAGGAGGAGGCUCAGUACCAGAAGGAGUACUGUGAGUUCAAGAGACAACAGCUGGAGCUGGAUGAUGAGCUGAAAAGUGUGGAUAACCAAAUGCGCUAUGCCCAAAUGCAGUUGGAUAAAUUAAAGAAAACCAACGUGUUCAAUGCAACCUUUCACAUCUGGCACAGCGGGCAGUUUGGCACAAUAAAUAACUUCAGGCUUGGCCGUCUCCCCAGUGUUCCUGUGGAAUGGAAUGAGAUCAAUGCUGCCUGGGGGCAGACUGUGCUGCUGCUGCAUGCCCUGGCCAACAAAAUGGGCCUGAAGUUUCAGAGAUACCGUCUUGUCCCCUAUGGCAACCACUCCUAUUUGGAGUCCCUCACAGACAAAUCCAAGGAGCUUCCCCUGUACUGCUCUGGAGGCUUGAGGUUCUUCUGGGACAAUAAAUUUGAUCACGCCAUGGUGGCGUUCCUGGACUGUGUGCAACAGUUUAAAGAGGAAGUGGAGAAAGGUGAAACUCGGUUUUGUUUGCCUUACAGGAUGGACGUGGAGAAAGGAAAGAUUGAAGACACAGGUGGCAGUGGUGGCUCUUACUCAAUUAAAACACAGUUUAACUCUGAAGAGCAAUGGACAAAAGCACUGAAAUUCAUGUUAACUAACCUGAAAUGGGGCCUUGCCUGGGUCUCAUCCCAAUUCUAUAACAAGUAACUGUGGUCAGAACUUGGCCUGGCAACCGUGGAGUGUCUGCAUUGUGUUAGAGAAAGGCAAAUUCAGAUAUCUCUUAAUAUUAACCAGUACAAAAUGUUUACAAUACCAAAAAUCCACAAGACACUUUAUUUAAAAUAACAUUAUUACAAGUAGUUUAUAGAAAAGCAAUAUGCAAAGUUGUAUCAUUGAGCUGACCAGAAUAAAACCCAGCUAUUAAAUGGA